CCUCAAGUCACACAUCGAACAACCAGCAUACAUCUGUUGCCCAUAAGCUACUGUUUGAAACAGAGUCUUCAGAGAGAGAGAGAGAGAGAGAGAGAGAGAGAGAGAGAGAUGGAGAAGAACAACUUCCCAGUGAUAGAUUUGUCGAAGCUCGAUGGUGAAGAAAGAGCUCAAACCAUGGCCAAGAUCGAUGAUGCUUGUGAGAAUUGGGGCUUCUUUGAGUUGGUGAACCAUGGGGUACCACUGGAACUAAUGGACAGAAUCGAGAAGAUGACGAAGGAACAUUACAGGAAGUGUUUGGAGCAAAGGUUCCAAGAAAUGGUCCAAACCAAAGGUCUCGACGCUGUUCAGAACGAGGUCAACGACGUUGACUGGGAAAGCACCUUCUUCCUCCGUCACCUCCCCGAGUCCAAUCUCUACGACAUCCCCGACCUCUCCGACGAGUACCGGGCGGCGAUGAAGGACUUCGCGAAAAGGCUGGAGAAUCUGGCGGAGGAAUUGUUGGAUUUGCUGUGUGAGAAUUUAGGGUUGGAGAAAGGGUACAUGAAGAAGGUGUUUAACGGGACAAAGGGACCAACAUUUGGGACAAAGGUGAGCAACUAUCCACCAUGUCCUAAACCGGACUUGGUUAAGGGAUUGAGGGCCCACACAGAUGCGGGAGGAAUCAUACUGCUCUUCCAAGACGACAAAGUCAGUGGACUCCAGCUCCUUAAAGAUGGCAACUGGAUUGAUGUCCCUCCUCUCAAGCACUCCAUUGUCGUUAAUCUCGGCGACCAACUUGAGGUGAUAACCAAUGGCAAGUACAAGAGUGUGAUGCACAGAGUCAUGACCCAAACCGAUGGGAAUAGGAUGUCAAUCGCUUCCUUCUACAACCCGGGAAACGACGCUGAGAUCUUCCCGGCCCCGACCCUCGUGGAGGAAGAUUCCGACUACCCGAGAUUCGUCUUCGAUGACUACAUGAAACUCUACGCAGGGCUCAAGUUCCAGCCCAAGGAGCCGCGGUUCGAAGCCAUGAAGAAUGCUUCUGCUGCACAGGACUUGAAACCAGACACCGCGGUCGAAACCUUCUGAUGAUAUGGUUUUAAUCAAUGCUAUGUUAAAAAAGAAUAAUAAAAUUAAAUGGGUUUGGUGUUUAUGUUAAUGGGUUAAGACUUAAGACAUGGUUUAAGGGUCGGGGUUAGGGUUAAUGUUUGCGUGGUGUGUGUGUGAGAGAAUAAGCUUUUAUACUUUAAAAGAGUUUGUAUGUGUUUGUCAUAUGUAGAUUUGCAAGUGUCGGUGUUUUA